GGGCUCGUUGUCUCCAAAACGCCGCACAAACACCCACGUGCCUACGCCGCCGCCGCCACGCCCGCCUCGCCAAGGUGCGCCGCCUCGCUCCUUCGUCUCCCGUCCCGUCGGGGCCACAGCAGCCACCCGCAAAGCCUGACCGGAGGCCCUCUCGGAGACGGAGAUUGGCAGCUGGCGCCCACAGAAAGGAUGGCGGAGAGACUGGAGAAGGUGCCCAUUGCUUUGGCCGGGCCGGAGGACGUGGAGCAAUCCCCGAUGCCCCCAACUUAUUCCUCUGUGAUGGCAAAGCCCUCUAGCACAGGGAGGCUGCUCAGGAUUGGGGCCAUGGUGCUCAUCGGUGGAGCCAUCCUUCUCCUCUUUGGAAGCGUUGGAGCCUUUUACUGUUGGAAGGUGAAUGACAAAGAGGUUUACAAUGUUCACUACACAAUGAGUAUAAACGGGAAGGUACAAGAGGGGACAAUGGAAAUAGAUGCUGGGAACAACCUGGAGACCUUUAAAACUGGAAGUGGUGGGGAAGAGGCUAUUGAAGUUCAUGAUUUUCAGAUUGGCAUAAGUGGAAUCCGUUUUGCAGGAGGAGAGAAAUGCUACAUUAAAGCCCAAGCGAAAACUCGCAUCCCUGAAGCCAAUGCAAUGACAAAAGAGAGCCUCUCUUUUGAUCUGGAAGAUGAAAUUAUGCCAGCUAAAUUUGAUGAAAAUUCUCUUGUGUGGGUUUCUGCAGACCAGCCUAUAAAGAACAAUAAUUUCCUGAGUCCCAAAAUUUUAGAGCUCUGUGGAGAUCUGCAGAUAUUCUGGCUUCGGCCGUCCUAUCCUGAAGUUGGGCAAAGAAGAAAGAGAGGCGCUACUAGGAAAGCACGCCAGAGUCAGUCAAACUUUGAUCUGGACCAGUUUGCUGCUGCUGCUGAAGAGGUAAAUACUAGGCCUCGCACCAACCAACGGGCUCAGGAGCGUCAACGUCUGUCUAAUGUUACCCGGCUUUCUGGGCAAGACAUCAGGCCAACCUUCAAUCCAGAUAAUCCUUACCAUCAGCUAGAAGGGGGUGAAGUUAUGACCUUUGACCCACGGCUAGAUCAUGAGGGAGUCUGCUGUAUCGAAUGCAGGAGGAGCUACACACAUUGCCAGCGGAUCUGUGAACCUCUCCUGGGCUACUACCCGUGGCCUUACAAUUACCAAGGCUGCUGGUCGGCUUGUCGACUUAUAAUGCCUUGCAGCUGGUGGGUGGCCCGCAUCUUGGGCAUUGUUUGAAGUAGAGGGCAGCGUGUGAAGCAGUCCUGGACAACCAAACAGAAGUGGGAUAUACCUCCAAAGUCCCUGACCAGAGAAUCAUGAAUCUCUCUAUGUUAAAUUAUCCCAGAAAAAUGACAUCAGCUGGUAUAAAGUUAAAACCUCCAGUUAAUAUUUUAUUAGCUUUACGGAUACAGAGUUGAAACUUGGAAGGCUUCUUGAAAACCAUAACCUCCUGCUGAAAGGGAACAUUAAAAAACAAAUGUUUUCAGUCCAGAGCCAGAUUACCUCUUUUCCUUUAUGAAUAAGGUUUUCCAAUAAAAAAAGCUCAUUAAGAAAUUGAAAUUCAGCAUCUCCUACCCAAGCCUUCUGUUAUAAAAUAGAUGUUGUCUAAUUAGAUUAUUAGCUAGACCUAUGCUUUUGGGAGUAACUUUCAACCAAUGUAGAGCGUGACAAAUAAAUCAUAAGUGAA